CAUCCCUAGCAUCAUUAAUUUAGUAAAAUUGUUUUACGCGUCUCUUGCAUUUUGUAAAUUAACAAGCGAAUGGGGGGUCCCUGCACAACAAUUUGAGGCAUUGUAUAGGAUAAAUAAGUGAAAAGUGUUACAAACAUUGUACCUGCGCUUAAGUAAUAGUGAAUAAGUCAAAACAUAACAAGAUGACAAGACCAAAGGCGAAAGCCAAGGCAAAGCCCAAAACGAAAACAGCAGCCGCCUCCAAAACGAAGGCGGUCACGACCAAGAACAACAAUGCGGCUUCGGCGGAAAAGGAAAACGAGAUGGCAAUCAGUGAAGCGAGCCCCGAUCGCAUUCGGGAACAAUUCAGAGGUGGCGCAGAGUCCAUGUACACAAUAAUGCGUCACGCCGAACUCAAGGAGGCGCUCCACCAGCGCUACGAAAAGGAGCUGCAGCAACUGUACACGAAGAUGGGACACCAAGCGUUUCUGGACAUAUUCAUCAAUGUGUUGAAGACUGUACUGGAGGCGGAAGAGGCGAAUGAAAAUGGAAAAAUGGCCCUUUCCUUUUGCGCUAAAUUCGUGGCAGGCUUCGAGUCGGAGAAGACGCAUCCGAUGCUGGCCGAAACAUUUCACUGGUUAUUGACAAUAUAUUCGAGCAGCCCUUACGUUCGCUAUCGGAUUUGCUACUUUGUGAAUCUGAUACUUGAGAAACUGGGACCCAAUGCGGCACUCGACGACACGCAGUGCGACGAGAUUCUCGAGGCCAUGCUGGAUCGCGUGAAGGAUGUGUCGCCCGGUGUACGCAAGCAGGCUGUACUGGCCAUGCAGCGUCUCCAGAUUCCGGACAAUCCUCGCGAUCCAGUUGUCUGCGCCUACCAGUUCCAUUUGUCUUCGGAUCCCUCGCCCACUGUCCGGCAGUGCAUAAUCACCUGCAUGGGCCGCAACUACAUCACGGUGCCCUACAUACUCCAGCGUCUGUGGGACGUGGACGAGAAGGUGCGCCGCCAUACGUAUGUCAACAUGUGCAACUAUCCAGUGCGCUCCUACAAGGUGUCGCAGCGCCUGACCCUGCUGGAGCAAGGCCUGAACGAUAGCUCGGCCAACGUUAAAAAGACGGUGGUGAACAUCAUGCUUAAAGCCUGGAUCGACUCCUAUCAGCAGAACUAUUUGACUCUGAUAGCGGCCCUCAAGCUGGACUCCAGCGAGGAGGAGCUGAUGCGAUUCCGCAGCGUUACCAAGCAAAUGUUGCGUGUGAUCUUUGAGCAGGCAGACAAUCAGCAACUGAUGGAACAACUGCCGCUUGGCGACGAUUGUGAGCUUCAUCGAUGUGUGCCUCUGGAAAAUUUAAACGUGGAGCUGCUGCUCUAUUGGCAGUGCCUCGGCGAGUAUCUGGAGAGCACACAGGCGGACGAGAGCGACCAAGUGCUGCCCGAGCUGAGUGUCUUUUGCAGCUACGUGGAAAAGUUCUGUCAGUUCCAGAAGCCGAACAUGGACAAGUUUGCCCAGAUAGAGUUCCAGAGCAUGCUGCUCUCGCUGGUGGAAAUCCUAGACUCGUACGACCUGGGCGAUGAGAUAGGGCGCGGUAACAUGAAGACGUUGAUCAGCAGCCUAUUGAAAGACUGUCUGCUUGACCACAAGAUCGUCCGCGUGCUGGUGCGUUGCAUGGAGAAACUGAUUACCGACCUGAACGAUCGGAUGCAGUUCUUCAUUGAAAUCAUAUACGCAACGUGCGACCUGAAUACAAAACAGAAUGAGCUAGUGCACGAUCGCAGUCUGAUCAAUAAGUUGCUGGACGACUUGGACACGCCCUCGAAGAUGAAGAUCUCAUCGCUGAAGGUGAAGAUCCUCGAGCUGGAGGAGCAGGAGGAUAACUUUGUGCGCCAAAAGGAGUAUAUACGGGCGCAGUCCGUGAAUGAGGAGAAGAUGGCCGUCACAGAGGAGUACACGGAGCUGAUUAAGCCGCUGCUGGUGAAGCAUGGCGUUCUGGAGAUGCCCGCCCGCCCGAAGCUCUCCAAACAGGAGCGAGUCCUCAAGGGCCUGCACAUCUCAUACUAUAUGGUGGCCUCUCCACAUGUCCACAAGCUCACGCCCAGCAUCUGUAAGCUGUACAAGGACUUCGUCUGCCGCCAUCUGCCCUCCUCGGAGGUGGACAUCUUCGAAUGGGCCAUCAAGUGUAGCACCACCUACAGUAUGUUCUAUGAGGCAUACGCCAAGGAGGUGUUCGAGGUGGUUCUCGACCAGUUCUGCAACAACACGGUUGUCCGUCUGUGCGAAACCUCUGCCAGAUGCGUUCUCGAGAUGCUUGAUCACUAUGGCAUCGAUUAUUUCAACGAUUUCAACCAGACGACAGGCGGAGAAGGGCUGGCGUCCAAGACAAAGCGUCGCCAGCUCUAUAACGUUCAGGAUAUAUACGACGGCGAGGAUGAUGGCAGUCAGACGCAGAGCAGUGAGCAGAGCAGCGACAUCAUUGUCGUGAUGGGCCACUAUGUGGAGCGGGUAACCGACAAGGGCGUGGGCAUGGCGAUAAUGCGAGGCGUUUGUCGCCUGGUGCUGCGCGGCCACCUCGACGAUCGUCCCGAGGUGCUGGAGCAGCUACUGAAACGAUACUUCAAUCCGAACACAGAGCCCAUCAUCAACCAGGUCUUGGGCAUGUUCUUUGAGAAUCUUGUCCGGCUCAAGAAGCAGGCCCUUCUGCAGCCCUGCCUUCUGCCCACAUUGUGGACCGUCGUUAACUGCAGCUUCGACUCGCCACUGAACGGUGUCCAGCCCGAUCACGUGGUCAGGUUCUUUAUCGAUCUGACGACGCAGGAAGUCAGCUCCCCGGUGACCAACAUUCACAACCGGAUAGCCCUAAGCUUCCUGCACUACAUUCAAAACUACUUCACCGAGCGCAGGGAAAUUUGUCGCCUGCUGGCCAAAGAGCUCACCAACCUCACGGUAAACGUGUCUAACGGACGGGAAAUAAAGACUGAAAUGUUGGAGAUGGCGGACAAAUUGAUCACGAGCGAGUUGGAGCCGCGUGUGGUCACUAAUAUUAAUAACUUCAAGCUGAUGGUUGAAGGCAGCUUAAAUCCACCCGCACGUGGGGCACGCGAUGAGGUGGACAGCGACGAGGAGUGCGACACUGAGACUGUAACUACAAAGGCAUCUGAGAAUGUUGGGCAGGCAGAGCAGGUGGCAGCCCCAAUCCCUGAAGAAUGUUCCAACGAACAGACCCUGACAAAUGCGUCGGAUACACAGGCAGAAGCAUCGGCUGUAACACAAAUUGAAGCUGCGCCAGUUGCAGAUCCUGUCUUGACCACUUACGGCACUGAGAAUCGGGUGGGACAACGUUUCCUGCGACGCUCUCUAUAUAACUCCACUUGCUCAAGUGAGAAUGCCACAACGGAGGAAACAGUGGAAACGGAGGCGUCCGAAACAUCCAGAAUAAAUCUACGUAGGCCUCAGAUGAAGCGACGUCUACAGCAGGCAUUGGCUAGGUCCUCCAAGACACCGGAGAAGCAGCCGCAAGAGCAGCAGGAGUCCGAUGAUUCAGACGGAUCAGAGCAAAAUGAAUCUCAGCAAAGUCCCGCGCGGGCAGAUAAGUCGGACACAUCAGAGGUAGUUGAAGCCUCGCCCACCUCCGAAUCACCCAAAGACUCAGCGGCGCCCAAUGCCAGCCACCUGCGCCUACGCUCAUUGCGCACCAGAUCCUCUGCCGUAUCAACAUCCUUCACUGCUCCCACAGCUAGCAAAGUUCGCAAGUUCCCGAUUCUUGAGACGCCUAUGCGUAAUGGACGCAAGCGAGUCAUAAGACGGACGCCCUCAGAUAAAAGGAGGUCCGGCCAGCGUUCCAGCAAUUCGUUGGAGUCGCCCUCUCGAAAACAGCCCCGCGUAGAUGGAAAGACACCGAGGGGAGAAUUGGUGACGCACAACACAAGCAGCCCCACAGACAGCACGUCCUCGGUGAAAGAGAAUCGAGUUCCAGUGAUUACCACAACCGCUCCAGAAUCACAGUCAGAGGCAGAGUCCGUUUCCGAGUCGGAGCCAUCGACCUCAAGGCAAACAUCGACAAGAAGUUAUUUGAGCCGCACCACCACCACAAGUACCCCAAAGAUGACAACACGCCAUGCGGCACAAAAGGAGAGGAUCAACAGCAUGUGCAUGACACGCAAGAGGAUGUCCCUCGAAAUGAAUCUGAGCGGUGGGCAGUUGAGUAUGUCCACGCCCAAGCGCAUUACGCGAAGCGCUGUGCUGCCUGCCACUGAUGGCGGCGGCACUCGCAGCAGCCGCAGGCGCAAAUAGCUAAUCCAAGAAUCAUCAUUUGCAUUCUGAGCUUUACGUCCCGUAUCCGGAAUGGAUGCGAGUUUUAUGUGCAUUGGUAUUGUGUAUAUGUGUAAAAUAGGUAGGAAUAUUAACGCAUCGUUGAGUAAUUUAACCCAGUUUAAGAUUAGAAUUGUCCAAGCGAGUAUUCAAGGGAAAACUUCCAGCUUGGCAGCUUGGUAUGCAGCCUCGAAAGAGCGUUCACUGUAACGAUUGCUAAAUGUAUCAAUAAAGUUUUCUCUCUCUUUUA